AUGAUUCGCAACGCGUCUCGCAUCUGGAGGCAGCGGCUCUUCAAAGCUACCAUAUGCACAUGUCUAAUCCUAUUUCUCGCGCACAAAUUCCAGCUCCGUGAAUUCUUGCUGGCACGACGCAGCGCAUGCACCGCAUCACGUGCAAAACUUGCGCACGACGUGCAAAUCGUUAUCGAGACGAGCGGUUCCGAGCCAAAGGACAGACUGCAGUAUCAGCUUGCGACGGUACUGUCUGGUAUUCCGGCUGAAAAUAUUUUGAUAUUCUCGGAUUUGGAGGAGGAGGUCGGGGGUUUUCGGAUACGUGAUGCGCUGGCGGAUGUUUCGGUGCGGGAACGUAGGGAGUAUCCGGAAUUUUCGUUUUAUGAUGAGUUGCAGAUGUAUCGGCGGGAAGGGAGAGAUACGCACGAACUGGAAGGAGGGCAUAAGUUGGCAAGGUAUAAGAAUAUGGCUAUUAAGCGUAUGAUUUGGAAGAUGUUGGGGGCCGAGAGGAGUGCGCUGCGGAGGCGGAAGUGGUAUGUUUUUAUUGAUACGGAUACUUUUAUCGAAUGGGAUAAUCUGCUUGCGUUGCUGGAACAUUUAAACCCUAUAAAAGAUGUAUAUAUGGGGAGUCCGGUUUGGGGCCCUACACCCCCGUUUGCGCACGGUGGGAGCGGUUAUGUAUUCUCGUACAAGGCCUUGGAGACACUUAAUAUGCCUGGCCGGGGUGGCGACGAAGAGUUAAUGUAUAGCCAGUAUGGCGUAGACACGACCGCGCUGUGCUGUGGUGAUGAGGCUUUGUCGGUGGCGCUGAAGCGGAAAGGCAUCGAAAUCAAAGGGUAUUGGCCUUUGUUUAACGGAGAUCCACCAGUGACGAUAUAUUUUGGGCCCGAGAUGUGGUGUGAGCCGGUAAUUACCUUGCACCACGUCACUGGGACAGACAUGAAAGAUCUAUGGCGAUGGGUCGAGAACUGGAAAUCCAGAACAAUGAGUAUGCAACCCUUCCUAUUUAGAGAUUUGUUUGAGUACGUCGCUUCGCAACUAGUUCACAGAAUGAAUGAUUGGGACAAUACAGACGACGGGUGGAAAAUAUUUCACCAUGUUAAGGAUACCAAGAAAGGCGCUUUGGCAUCCUUUGAGCAAAGGAGCGCACCGGUAUAUCUCAGGAUGGAAUUUGCAAAGAAUUCAGGACUGGACGACGAAGACGAAGUGCACGAGCGCGCAUUGGGUGCAUUCAAAUCCAAAUGUAGCGUUGAGAUCGAUGUACAAGUAAUGGACUCUGAGAAUGUCAUCGCACAGCACAGCGUCUGUAAAGCAGCAAGAGCCUAA